AUGAUGGCGUCUUCUCUGUCCCGCUUGGGCCUUGCCACUCUCUUCAUAGGCCUGGCAGCGGCCCAGCGUCAGAUUGGGCCCGAAGAGAACCACCCCUCACUCACGACAUGGCGCUGUACCAAGGCCGGCGGCUGCACUGAAGUCAACAACUUCAUCGUCCUCGACUCCCUCGCGCACAACGUCUACCAGGCCAACGGCGGUGGAAGCUGUGGCUCCUGGGGCAGCCCGCCCAACGAGACGGCGUGCCCAACCAAGGAGGCCUGCGCCGAGAACUGUGUCCAGGAAGGUCUCGACGACUACAGCCGCGUCGGCGUCACGACGAACGGCGGCGCCAUGACCAUGUACCAGCUCAAGGACGGCGUGCAGGUGUCUCCGCGCGUGUAUCUUCUUGACCCUUCCAAGGAGCAAUAUGAGAUGAUGCACCUGACGGGCAAGGAGUUCACGUUUGACGUCGAUGUAUCGAAGUUGCCGUGUGGCAUGAAUAGCGCCCUGUAUACCUCUGAGAUGGAGGCCGACGGUGGCAAGAGCGCGCUCAACACUGGUGGCGCUCGUCACGGCACGGGGUACUGCGACGCCCAGUGCUAUACUACGCCGUUCAUCAACGGUGAAGCCAACAUUGAAGGAUACGGUGCAUGUUGCAAUGAGAUGGACAUAUGGGAGGCCAACUCGCGUUCUGCUCAUCUGGCGCCGCACCCGUGCAACCAGACUGGUGUCUAUCUCUGCGAGGGCGAAGACUGUGCCUUUGAAGGCGUCUGCGACAAGAACGGUUGUGCCUGGAACCCGUACCGAGUCAACCAAGAUGACUUCUACGGCCGCGGCUCAGGGUUCGAUGUCGACACCACGCGUCCCUUCACAGUCAUCACACAGUUCCCCGCCAACGAAGCCGGCGUCCUCACCGAGAUCCACCGCCUCUACAUCCAAGACGGCCACCUGAUCCGCAGCGAGGUCGUCAACAACACUGAUCUUCCGCAGGUCAACUACCUCAACGAUGAGUUCUGCGCGGCGACGGGCUCGCGGCGGUUCAUGGAUCUCGGGGCGCACCGGGAGAUGGGCGAGUCGUUUGAUCGGGGCGUGGUGCUUGCGUUUAGCAUCUGGUGGGAUGCCGGCGGUGGGAUGAGGUGGCUGGACGGUGCGCCGGAAGCCGGGCCAUGCAAUGAGACGGAAGGAUUCCCGGAGAACGUUGUCAAGGUUGAGCCGAACCCGGUUGUGACGUUCAGCAAUAUCAAAUGGGGCGAGCUUGGGUCUACGUUCAAGCCUCAGUCAACUGAGCGCCACUUCUUCCACCAUGGCGCUCCGAAGCCUGGCGCGACCAAGACCGCCCUCAGAGUAGAGUAUCCCACAGCCAUUGAGAGAGAAAAGCUGGACUGCCAAUGGUGCCAGAUUCGAGCAUUUCCGAACCAUAAACAAUACCCAAUCACUAUCGUAAACGAGGUCGACGACGAAAUAAUACCGCCCAACUUUCGAUUUCUGCAGCACUCAAAGCUCGGCCACGGGGUACAAGCCGCAGAGGAUAGUUUCCGAAGCGGAUGCGAAUGUGAAGACGAGGAAGAAUGCCAGUAUGCGGGCUGUCUCUGCCUGCAGGAGCAAGAAGACGACUCAGAUGACGAGGGCGAAGCGAGAAAGAAGGCCUACAUGUACCAUAUGCACGGCGUCAAAGCUGGGUUGCUGCGGUCAAAAUUCCUGGGCUCGACGCGGCCCAUUUACGAGUGCCACGAAGGCUGCGCAUGCGAUGUGACCUGUCCUAACAGGGUGGUCGAGAGAGGUCGUCAGGUUCCUCUUCAGAUUUUCCGGACUGAGAAGACGGGCUGGGGUGUUCGAUCGUUGCUCGACAUUCGACGAGGACAGUUCGUCGAUAACUACAUUGGCGAGAUCAUUACACCACAGGAAGCCCAACGCCGACGGGAUACGUCGAAUAUUGCGCAACAGAAGGACGUGUACCUUUUCGCACUCGACAAGUUCACGGAUGAAGACUCCCCUGACAUGCGCCUGCAAGGGCCCCCGCUCGAGAUAGAUGGCGAAUUCAUGUCCGGCCCGACUCGCUUCAUCAAUCACUCCUGCGAACCGAAUUUGCGUAUCUUUGCGCGCGUGGGAGACCACGCCGACAAACACAUUCACGACCUUGCCUUCUUUGCGCUUCGCGACAUUCCCCGAGGAGAGCAGCUCACGUUCGACUACGUCGACGGUGUCAGCGACGACGCUGUUGAUGCGAAGGACAAGAGCAAGCAAGGCGACAUGGUUCCGUGUCUUUGCGGCAGCAAGAAUUGUCGCCAGUUCCUGUGGUAG